CAAGAACAGCUGGAGAAACCUUUCUGAAAUUUCGGCUUUCGGGUUAACGGAUGCAUCUGAAGCGCCGUCUUCAAGAUUGACUGAACUUCAUUGAAGAUGUCUAAGCAACAGCCUGCUCAGUUUACCAACCCAGAAACUCCUGGCUAUGUUGGAUUUGCCAACCUUCCCAACCAGGUUCAUCGGAAAUCUGUGAAAAAAGGCUUUGAGUUCACGCUUAUGGUUGUUGGUGAAUCGGGUUUGGGAAAGUCCACACUCAUAAACAGUCUGUUUCUGACUGAUCUUUAUCCAGAAAGGAUUAUUCCAGGAGCAGCAGAAAAAAUUGAGAGGACUGUGCAGAUUGAGGCUUCGACGGUUGAAAUUGAGGAGAGGGGCGUUAAACUCCGUCUGACGGUUGUGGACACGCCAGGAUACGGUGAUGCCAUCAACUGCCGGGAUUGUUUCAAGACCAUAAUCUCUUAUAUUGAUGAGCAAUUUGAACGGUAUCUGCAUGAUGAAAGUGGUUUGAAUAGGCGACAUAUUGUAGAUAAUAGAGUGCACUGCUGUUUCUACUUUAUUUCACCUUUUGGACAUGGACUUAAACCCUUAGAUGUUGAGUUUAUGAAGGCUAUUCACAACAAAGUGAAUAUCGUGCCUGUUAUCGCAAAAGCAGAUGCUCUUACGCUGAAGGAACGGGAACGGUUGAAGAAAAGGAUACUGGAUGAAAUUGAAGAGCAUUGCAUCAAGAUUUAUCAUUUACCUGAUGCGGAAUCAGAUGAAGACGAGGAUUUUAAAGAACAGACCAGACUCCUGAAGGCUAGCAUUCCGUUUUCAGUUGUAGGAUCCAAUCAACUGAUCGAAGCCAAAGGGAAAAAGGUUCGAGGUCGCCUUUAUCCAUGGGGUGUGGUGGAAGUGGAGAAUCCAGAACAUAAUGACUUCCUGAAGCUGCGAACUAUGCUAAUCACCCACAUGCAGGAUCUCCAGGAGGUGACCCAGGACCUUCACUACGAGAACUUCCGGUCUGAGAGGCUUAAAAGAGGCGGCAGGAAAGUGGAAAAUGAGGAAGUGAAUAAAGACCAGAUCUUGCUGGAGAAGGAAGCUGAACUGCGUCGUAUGCAAGAGAUGAUUGCAAGAAUGCAGGCCCAGAUGCAAAUACAGAUGCAGGGAGGAGAUGGAGAUGGCAGCGUACAUGGUCACCACGUUUAAGUUCAUAGGUAACAUUUACAGAGGAAUAAAAGGAAAACAUUCCAGAUGUGAUGCUACGGUGUAUUUUGCAUGAGAAUACUGAGAGGACGCCAACCUUCUACAGUGCCUGUGACUCGAAAAUGGUUACAUUUGAUUUUUUUUUUAUCUUAAGCGCCUUGUGAUAACUUUUGUAAUAUGUACCUUGCAACGUUGUAUUUCAUUAAUAGUCUAUACUUUAUAUAGGUAGCGACACUUUUUCCUGGCUUUUAUUUUCCUCACAUAAUGUUACUAAUGCUCCAUUAAAGUAGUUUUCUUUCUCCAACACACUAGAAUUACUAUAUGGUUUAUAAUACUUUCUAUAAUGUAAGCUGACAUGACUAGCCUGGACAUUUAUAGCUUUUUAAUCUUUUUGGGACAAAAAUCAUUCUUAUAUACCUAGAAAUAAUUAGGUCAUAGGCAGCUAUCUAGUGAUCUAACACAAGUAGCUUUCUCGGAUCCAUUUAUAAGAUCAUUAUUAAAUCUGCAGCACCAUAGUAAGACAGAGCUCUUGCUGUGUUUAAGCCUGUUUAUACAAACUUGAAACCAGUUUUGCUGCUACUUUUCGAUGCAGUAGAAUUAUUUCUGUCACCACAUGUGUCUACCAAAUAAGUGAAUGGUUUGGGAACAGUAGCCAGGAGCACUUUCAAAUAUGGUGUGAAUGAAAAUAUAAUCCCCCUAAUGCCAUUGAGGAGCCUCCUGGAUUCUGAUUAGGCAAAAAUAAAAAGUAUGAUAGACAAACGUGGAAAAGGACUUUUUAGUACUUCCAAAAGCUGAGUUUCUUAACACAAGAUUGAUAGCGUUGCUUAUGCUGUUGAAUAGGAAAAAAAUAGAAAGCCUGUGAGCUUUUUUAAGGAUAUACGAGGAUUUGGGAGUUGAGUAGUUUGGCGGAGAGGAGAGGGAGAGACUAGAGAAAGUCAGAAGGUAUUUUUUUAAAAACACCAGGAAAGAAUUAUAAAUGUCCUAAGCUUAGCGGGAAAUAAAAUCCCUUUUUUAUAACCUUUAUUAAACUUUAAUAUCAGGACCACUAAUUUUGAUUACAAAUACUUCGGGAUUUGAAAGUUACUUCUAAGAGAACAUCGCCUCAUUUAUAAAAAUGCAAUUUUGUGGUCUUUCUGUGAUCCCAGGCACACCCUUUGAUGGUUAAGGUUGAUUUUAUUCGGCAAUAGUAGCAGUAGAUGCUCAAGUAGUAUCACUCACGAGGCUUUCACUCUUUCGUUCCAGUAGAACUCAGUGUAGUAAUGAUGUUCUUGUCCAGUUCAGAUCGCCUUUCCGUUUUCUGCUAACACAUCCUUUAUCGUUUAACAAAUUGAGCUUGCUGCCAAAUUUCCUAAUACAUGAAAAAGUGCAUUUUUCAAAUUGGUGCCUGCGAGAGUUCAGUAACCCAUAGGUGCCAGAGGUCAAAUUCAAGGAAGCAGCAUUGCAAACCUGUCCAUUGUCUCUGAGCUUGUAGAAUUGUGGGCUUUCGCUUCACUCUUGGUAUGUUCAACUGAGUACACUAAAAAAUAAGCAGACUCCAUUUCCAUAGGAAGGCAUCUUUUAUUGUCUGUAAGCUGACUGCAAAGGAAAAAGCACAUCAAGGUAACCGUGCUAAUUCAUGCUUUUAAGUUUGAACACAGGGUUGACAGUGGGCAGGGCUGAAGGAAAGGACUGUGUUAUAAAGAUGAGUUGUAUUUUGCCAAGUAGAUAAGAACAAAAGAAGUCAAGAAAUAAUUCAUGUUAAACUUUAUAUUUCAAAAAAAGUGUGUUUUCUUGACACUCAAAUGUGCUUUUCUACAGUUCUAGCAAAAUCCUGGGAUAUUUCUCUAUGAAUGUUAAAAUUAAUCAUUUGUUAAAUACGUUUGGGGCAUCUAGAUUGUUGGACAGAUGUCCAUUUUUUUCAAGGAAAACUGUUCAUAACAUUUCAGUAUGUUUUAUAUACCAAGUCAGUAAACUGAAUUACAGUAGUAUUUAUAACUUGUACUAGGAGAAACUGUGAAAGUUUGUGUACACAAAUUACCCACACAAACUUAACCCUGGGUAUGUUUUGGAGCAAGUAUUACUCGGGGAGGGUGUCAUUUAAAAGAAUUUUUUGGAGGGGUGGGUGAAGAAAUCAACAUUUGAAAUUUUAUUUCCAUGGUUGUGUUUGCUAUGCAGUUAAAUCUGAAUACGUACUUUUACUAAUAAGCGGUGGAUUGCUACCUGUGGAAAAGUAUAAAAACAUUUUUUUCAGCGUGAUUUUUGUAUCCAUCAAAACUAACACUUUAUCAAUAAAGUAUUAUCAAGCAUUCUA